AGGGGUCCGUCAUCUACACCGAUUUUGGAUACUCCCUUGAUCAUAGCGCAGCUAGUGGAAGUACUACGACAGGUACGUAUGUCGCGGUACACGCUCUAGCACAUCUUAGCUUUUUCUGUAGAAAGCUCCUCCUAAGGACAUACAGCAGGUAAAGCCUAAAGACAUACUAGAGUGUCCUCUUCGCUCCCCCCUCCCUUUUAUCUGAGCCAUCCGCUGAGUGUAGCGCCACCUUUGUAGGUCGACCAGAUUCAUUGACUCGCAGAUAUUGCGCACCUGAAGUCAAAGACCAUGACCCCCGGAAUUCAAAGUCUGAUAUUUUCUCUCUUGGGUGCGUUUUCAUAGAGAUCCUGGCUGCCUUGGAGAGAUUGCCCGAUCCACGGAGCGCCACAUCAGCGUACCAUGAAAUCAUCCCGGCUCUCCAUAUAAUACUAGGAAAGUUGGUGCAUACCAACCCAGUAUGCAGCGUUAAAGCUGAAAUCACGCACAAGAUGCUCGAGUCUCAACCCAGCAGGCGACCAAGGGCCAAAGAUAUCAUUGACGGACUCUGGGCUGGAGAAGCGGAGGGCUUUUGCAAGCCAUGCAGGGUCAUGCUAUCUCCACCUAGCUUGUCGCCUAGCAAUGCGGAAGAGAACCAAACGACAGGUUUCCGGCCUUCUGGCCGACGCCCAAAACCAACUGAGCGACUAGACAACGAGUGUUCAACGUCUCCAGAUGAUCAACCCUCGGUUUGUCGAAAGCGAAAGCAUUCCCACCUCAAUCCGAGCCCUUGUUUGCACGGUACUCCUGAGGCCAUUUCAUCGCCCUUCAAUGGUAUGCCUAUAUUUAGUGCUGGGAAAGGCUGUCCCCGCAACCCGUAUCACCGCGUGGCUGAUGGACUUGAUGCCUUCGACGACAGUAACUUUGAUCCAGGCACGUCAUCAAUGGCUCCCUCCCCCACCCGUUCCAGAAGCAGGAGCUCUGUAGGCGGUGCGUCGUCAAAGGAACCCAUGCUUGACAUUACCAAUCGAUUGGAACCAAUACGGAAUGGUCCUGGCGCGGUACCAUCUGCCUCUGGCGUCACGCAGUCCCUUUUUCCACACGAUCAUCGUCACCCGGAUCCCAUUACACCCGCCAAUCCCAUUCAUGCGCAAUCGCGGCCUUCUGUUCCAGAAGAGCAUCGGUUCAUACUCCUUGGUCGACAUGACGCCUUUCAACAACCUCUCUGCGGGCCGGGCUAUGUUUCCACUCGUGAAUUGCGAAAACUCACCCGGGACAUCGAGGAAAGGAGGCGGCGCCGGCGGGCGAUGGCAAAAGUUGAAACGCCAUCCAUGGGCCAGUACUCUUCGAGGUCGGAAGGUACCUUUGCAGAUCGCACCCUUAACCUCAAGCAGGCUGUUUCCGACGCGAUCUUGAACUGAUUCCCCCGAUUGUUUGGUGUAUCUUUGUUUAUCAAGACGACGUUCUCGUUUUCGGGAUAAUACGUGUUCGUGAAAGGCCUCGGAGCCAUAAUUUUUUUAUACAUUCCAGCAGCGUCACCUUGCCAGGUUUAAUUCUGUAUGGGAAUAUAUUCUUGCACGCAAUCCAGCUUAACAUCAAAUUCUCUUAUCAUUUCACGCUGAACUUCCCUUCAUGUCUGACGCCGAGCAGCCGCAACCCAGAACAACCCCCAGGCCCUUCAGCUGCUUGGCGUAGUGGGGUCGUAGCUCCCUUAGUUUCGCUCACUCCCACUUUACUUGCAACGAGCUUAGCAUCA